CAUGCAUUACCUAUUGACUAAAAUGAUAAGAUAAGUUUUUUAUCUGAUGUUUUUGAACCCAGAAAAAUGGAGGAAAAAUUAUCAUCUUUUGCAAAAUCAUUAACACCUUCACCAAUUCAACAACUUUCUUAUCUUGCUCAGCGUUGCAACGCCAUUAAUCUUGCUGAAGGUUUCCCUGAUUUUCCUGCUCCUUCCCACAUCAAAAAUGCUGCUGUUUCUGCCAUUAAUUCUGACUUUAAUCAAAGCAGACAUGUGCAGGAAAUAUGUGAUUAUGUAGCAAAGAAUGUGAAGGACAAGCAUGGCCUGGACAUUGAUCCUAUGACAGAUAUAGUGAUUUGUUGUGGUCAAACUGAGGCGUUUGCUGCAGCAAUGUUUGCCUUAAUUGAUCGAGGUGAUGAAGUUAUUGUACUUGACCCGUCAUAUGAGACAUAUGAAUCUUCAAUUAGCGUGGCUGGAGGAGUCCCUGUAUUUGUGCCCUUGGACCCUCCUUAUUGGACUCUAGACCCAGAGAAACUAAUGAAAGCUUUUACUUCCAAGACAAAAGCUAUAGUAUUGAACAGCCCUCAUAAUCCUACAGGGAAAGUGUUUGGAGUAGACGAGUUGGACAUAAUUGCUGAAGCUUGCCAAAAAUGGGACUGCCUAGCUGUUACAGAUGAAGUGUAUGAAUAUAUAACCUAUGAUAAUGAAAGGCACAUAUCCCUUGCUUCGCUUCCAGGAAUGCAAGAGCGGACAAUCAUCACUUCCUCUAUGUCUAAAACUUAUUGUGUGACAGGUUGGAGAAUUGGAUGGGCCAUUGCCCCUGCAUGUAUUGCUGAUGCUGUAAGAAACGUCCAUAUAAGACUUACGGAUUCUGCUCCAGCACCUUUCCAAGAAGCUGCCGUGGUGGCUUUGCAGAGCCCCCCACAAUAUUAUGAGUCACUUAGAGCAAUAGACUUUGUUGAAGAACUGAUCAAACAAGCAGGUGUAGUGGCUGUACCAGGAUGUGGAUUUUUCCAUACAAAGCGUCCACCUGAUGGUUAUCAAAGAAGGUACAUCAGAUUUGCUUUCUGCAAAAGCAGUCAGACACUGAUCGUUGCUCGCCGUAGGAUAAGUGAGCUUCUAAAUUUGGCUGGUCAUCUCAAGCUAUUUCACUCUGAAAAUGAUCCAGAUUCUUGACAGUUGUGUAAUCUGUUAUUCAUAUGAAUCAAUUUUUGUUGCUCUUAGUUGCUACAUAGAGGCAUGUCAUUGAAAUUGUACUAUUUCUUGCAAUAAUGCUUUUGUCUCCCAUUAAAUCUAUUUGAAUGAUAUUGUU